AUGCGUUGGGCGCUGAUGCUUGGAGCAUAUAACUACAAGCUCAUGUACCGGCCGGGAGCAAGCAUUGCCAACGCGGAUUGUUUGAGUCGCCUACCACUACCAGUGUACGCUCAACCUGUGGAGAGGCCAGCGGAAGUUUUCAUGCUGGAGGCUGCUUAUCCUCGGGUACUGCCGUCGACUGUAGUCGCGGAAGCUACGUCCAAGGACUUAACCUUAGCGAAGCUACGAGAUGCCUUAUGGUCUGGAGCUGAGCUACGUGACCCCGAGUUCAGGUUCUACGCCGAUCGAAAACUUCAGAUGAGCGUGCAAGAAGACUGUAUACUUCUCGGAUCGCGGGUGAUCAUCCCAAGUGCAUUGCAGCAAGAAGUGUUGCGACUCCUUCAUGAGGGGCACCCAGGAAUGACCAAGAUGAAGGCUAUCGCCAGGAGUCACGUCUGGUGGUCCUCGUUGGACGACGACAUUACUGCUGCAGUUCGCCAGUGUCAGGUCUGCCAAGAACACCAGAGGGUUGCGCGGCCAGUAGCGAUGAUGCCAUGGCCGUUUCCGGACAGACCAUGGUCUCGCCUUCAUAUUGACUUUGCUGGACCUUUGAAGAACCGCUACUUGCUGGUCGUUAUCGAUGCAUUUUCAAAGUGGAUAGAGGCCGUGCCUAUAUCUACACCAUCGGCAGACGAAACUAUCUCAUGCCUGAGGGUUAUGUUUGCCACUCACGGAUUGCCAGAUGUAGUGGUGUCCGACAACGGACCAGCGUUCGUGAGUGAGGAAUUCAGAAGCUUCCUGCACCGAAAUGGCAUCAAACAAGAUUACUUCCCACGAAACUACCGGGUGCUCACCAGCGGAGCUGAUCAUGGGCCGUAA